AUGAUCUCAAGAUCGCUGCCUAAAAUUUUCAUCGCCUCUCUGCUGGUGGGAGUACUUGAAAUCACAGUCGGUGAGUAUAGACUUCGCAUUUCGAACUUAUAAAUAUCUUUUUCCGUUUCAGCAAGUUCAUCCAUGUAUGCUAGAAGGAGAACUCCAAGCGAACGGGUUAUGUCUAUCAUAAGACCGCGAAUGUUUCAAAACCAAGAAAUGAAAAGUAAGACCGAACACUAAAAGUCUUAAAAGAGAAAAGACACUUACAGUGAGCACAGCCAUACAAAAAUCCAUCCAGCUGAACCCGAACAGAGCUCUGCCGUGUUGUAAAGACGAAUCGGGCGGAUCGAUUUGCAAAAAUCUACGCCGAACUGAUUUGAAACUAUUCACACAAAAGUGAGCUGAUUAUCAUACCAUUGAAUAGUCAUAAUGGCUUUAUCAAAUAUUCAGAUGCCAAACAGAACCAGAUUUCUCGCUCGUUGUUUGUUGCAACUCGUGCAGUGAUGCAGGAAUCUCGUAUCGCAAAAGAGCUCAAAAGCAAGUGAAUUCAAUUUGGGAUUUUUUAGAUAGAUUACAUUUUUUCCAGUUUUUUCAUCGGACAAGCCAACGCAACCAACUGUUUUGACCGUAUGAGCCCAGCCUACUGUAGUCGCUUUGAAACCGGCGACGACGCGUGGAACAACCGACGCUGGUCGUGCGACACUUCGCAUUUCCGAUUGGGAUUCCGAGUUUGCAGAUCGACUUGUGGAUUCUGCGGCCUCGAUUGGGCAAACGCGCCGGAAGCUCUCAAAUGUCUUUAG